ACACGACGUCGUUUACCAUCACUCACACAAACAACUUGAAUUCAAAUAGCACUACCCGCGUUUUUCCUUUCGCGUUUCAGAUUCAGAUUCUUUCAACAACAAAAACUGAAGAUUCAUUUUCUUCUCACAACAAGCUCAAAAUCCUAACAAAAUUUCCCAAUUCCAAACCCUAAAUGUCAUCGCCGAUAACCUAUCCAGUCAUCGUUGACGACAAAGAUCUCGACGACGCCGCUCUAUGGGCGAUGAUCGAUUCCGCCUCCGCUUCACAUUCCUCAUCCAAGCACAAACCUCUCGCUAUCAAGUACCACAACCGCCAAUCACCUUCUCCGAUCUCAAAACCUCCACCCUCACCAACGCCGCCUCCAUCGUCGAAGUUUUCAACCGACGGCGGUGAAGUUGUUCAAGAUCCAUGGCCUUACGGACCUCCGAGGAAGAUCGCGAGAAUCUCUGGUUCAAAUUCAUGUGAAACUAGUCCUCUUGCUAUGGUUCGAUCUGUACAGAAGACGCCUACGAGCGUGGCGAAGGUUUAUUCGUCGCCGGAGAUAAGGAAGAUGAAUGAAGUGAAGGAGAUUAGUAGUUACAAUGAAGUAUCGCCGCGGUGCUUUGGGAGAAAUGAUGAAAAGAAUGAUAACGGUAUGUGGCAUAGCUUGUCUGGAAUGUUUCCAACGGUUUCGUUGUUUAAGGAGUAUCAGAAUGCAGCUAUGGCGAUUUUGGAGAAAACUGAUUACACAUUGAUUUCGGGGAAUCCUUACAUUAAAAAAACAGGUUGGAGAAAGAUUUCUUGUUACUUCAAUAUUUCUUAUGAAAUUAGAGACAAGAAUAUUGAGUUCGACGGGGAUCGCAACGUUCAGCGUGCUGAGUUUGUGAUUCGUGCACACAUGCAGGGUGGCAGGUUUUCAGAUGGAUGGGGCUCUUGUGAUCGACGCGAAAAGAGAUUUCAGAAACCAAAUCAUGAUGUACCAAGCACAGCAGAGACUAGAGCGAAAAAUAAAGCUUGUCAAGACUUACUAGGAAUUGGGGAAUAUCGACCAGGUGCAACAAGUCAAUUUCAGUGAUCUUAUGAUUAUGAACGACUUUUUGUCACGAUUUAACAUGCCAUAUUAUUUGUUGAGGGUAUAGUGAACUGAAAAUA